ACUGAACACUAUCAUAUCAAACCAUUUCUUGGAAUAAUCAACUCCUUGUACCAGAUUGCCAAGUUAAGCCCGUGGGAAUGGAGUCCCGCGCUAUAAACGACUCGGCAAUAACCGCAUCAGGUAACUACAACUCUUGGAGCAGGGCUGAAUACGGCCGUCUCAACAACAUGGGGGUGUCCAACUCACACCAUGGGAUGUGGAUGGCGUCAAGAAAUCGCGCUGGGGAGUACCUUCAGGUCGACCUUGGACAGGCCGUAAUAGUAACAAAAGUGGCUACGCAAGGACGACCGGAUGCCGACCGAUGGGUGCCAAGCUAUAAGAUCGGUUAUAGCUCUGACCUCACAACCUGGCUUGUGUAUCGCGAUGAUAGACAGGAAAAGGUUUUUACUGGCAAUUCAGACAGAAACACGAUCGUCUACGGAAUAUUUGAGCCGCCUAUUCUAGCUCGAGGGAUACGCUUCGUGGUGGAAACUUACCAAGAGCAGCCAGCUCUGCGAGUCAAAAUUUUUGGAUGCAAAUAAUAACUGGUUAUAAAUACGGCGGCUUUCAGGGGUCUUCCAAUUUCAAAAGUAGUUGUCACUUGCAAGCCGAAGGGCCCUUAAAUACCCGCUUGUUUUAGUUGUGCUCACAUUGCAUUUUCACUUGAUUUCAAAAACGCUGUCAGUGCAAGUGACGAUUGGCGAAUGACAGUUCUAAGAAUGAUGAUACAUAAACUCGUCCUCAGCUUCUCGCGCCUCGUGCUCGAUGCAUCGCCACAGGGACCCCGAGCGAUGCCUGCGGAGGAGUCUAAUGGCGGCGUGUUCCUCACACAUGCGGGAGUGUUUAUUAAAUAACCUGAGGGGGAGGGGAGGUAAAGUUGUGACCCAGAACACCUUAAGUGCGUCACAACUCCGACUCCCCUUUCUAUGUAACAAUUAGACGACAAGUUAGAGUUUUCUAUGAGUUUUCUAUUUUGCACUACGCAUGUAAUGAACAUAACGAUACGAUACGGACUACCUAUGCGGUUUACAGUCAUGAGAAAGAGAAAGUUUGUAAGCACUGUCAGUAAAUAAAAAAACGAUUUCUGAC